CGAUACUCAUUAUAUUCUUUGUAAACUUAUUGAUCUGUUUUCAAUCACUGUUCGUAGAAUUCCAUAAAGAUUGAAUUUUAAAUUUAAAUAUUUUAAAACCAUUAAUUUGACAUUUACAAUAGUGAAUAGCUCACAAACCUUCGUCGCGCAGAAAAGGCUCCCGAAGUGAACCAAAGAUGUCAAGGCCUCAAAGUUUAAAGCCCAAAUCGGCCGUUGCCGCUAUCGAUUUUGGAACUACAAAUACCGGGUAUGGAUAUUACAUGAGGGCGAACAAGGGACCGGUAUCCUCUAGAGAUAUUGUUAUGGAACAGCAGGUAUCAACAACUUUAUUAUUGAGCCCACAGAAGAAAUUUGUUGCUUUCGGUGACGCCGCAGAGGACGCUUAUAAAAAGUUAACACUAAAAAAUGAACACAGAGACCACUACUAUUUUCGUCAUUUUAAGAUGGAUCUUCAUCACAAACCGUUGCUGACACAUGACAUGAAAAUCGUAGAUGCUAGUGGAAAGAGUAUGGUUGCCAUGACGGUGUUCGAGCUUUCGAUAAAACACGUUAAAAAGAAAGUAUUGGAAAGGAUGGAGCUGAACAUGGGGGACAAGAUCAUAGAAAGUGAUGUGAUGUGGGUUCUCACUGUGCCAGCAAUAUGGAGAGACUCUGCGAAACAGUUUAUGAGAGAAGCAGCGGUUAAUGCCGGUAUUUCCAAUGCUCAGCUUACCCUAGCUUUAGAACCUGAAUCUGCGGCGAUUUGCUGUAAGGAGAUGGCACUUAGAAAGACAGAGGGCAUUGAAGGAAUCAUGUUGAAGGCAUUCGAUCCAGGACAGAAGUACAUUGUUUUGGACUGUGGCGGAGGAACGGUUGAUACAACAGGACACGAGGUUCAAGAAAACGGCCAGUUGAAGGAGCUGCAUGCCGCCACUGGUGGUCCUUGGGGCGGAAAACUGGUCAACGACGCUUUUGAAGAGUUUAUUUCUGAACUGGUUGGAGCAGAUGUCUUAAAAAAGUUUAAGGCUGAAAAAGCAACCAACUGGAUAGAUUUAGAGAGAGACUUUGAGCAAAAAAAGAGAAGUUUCGAUGGAUCAGGUGAAGUCGAUUUACUUUUCCCGCACGCAUUGAAGGCAAUGUAUGAGAAAGUUAAAGGGGAAACAUUAGAAGAGAGGUUGCAAAAGAGUCCGUAUGCAAGAAAAUGCGAACUCCUUGAAUCUGAUAUACUAUUGAAAUCAGAGCUUGUAAUUACGCUGUUCAACAAAGCUACAGACAGAAUAAAUAAACAUAUUGAAGAAUUGAUGUUGUACAAGAAGCUAAAAAACAUAUCGACGAUUUUACUUGUCGGAGGAUUUUCAGAUUCAAAAGUCGUUGUUUCGGCAGUGAAAACCCAUUUUAGGGAUCAGUUAAAAGUUAUUGCCCCUCCCAAUGGAGGUUCAGCUAUCAUGAAAGGGGCUGUGAUGUUUGGAUGUGACCCUAAUGUUAUUGCAGUGCGAAUUAGUCCUUUCACAUACGGGGUGCAUACAAGAAUGUCAUAUGAUAAAAAUAGACAUGGCAGAAAAAUUCCAAAAGAUGUCAAUGGAAGGAAAGUAGUAGACAAUGUUUUCCACAAGCAUCUUGAAAUUGAGACGUUAGUGAUGGUCGGGAAUAAAUCAACUCCAAAGAAUUAUGUCGUGACAAACCGCUUCAAACCUGACGUGAUGUGGAAAGUUUUCAAGUCGACAGACAAAGACCCGGUAUUUUGCGAUGAUCCAAACUGCUCCUAUGUUGGAAAGUUGGCAAUAUCGAUCCCUGAAACAGUAAAGGAAACCAAAGUAUCCAUACAGGUUAGUCUAACCUGUCGAGGAACAGAACUUGAGGCCGAAGCGUACCUGCCUGAACAUAAAGGUAUAAACUGUUCUAUUCGUUUGGACUUUCUGGACACUCUUCAAGCGGGCUGUGACAUGUCAGAUACGAUUGUUGUAGGAUGAAAAGACCUUAUAAUUGCCCUUGUAAGAUAGAUAAUAAUCGAAACGUACUGAACUGACGAUCAAGUGCACCGGAUGUUAAUCAAACGUACACCAGUUCAAAAUGCAAAAUCACUGUGCAGGGCGAGAGGUUGUGGGUAGGGUCUCGACCAUGUUAACAUGACAGUGUGUGCAGUCUGAUUAUUUUAGCGCCAAAUGUAAAUAACUCAUUUUGCACGAUUUGAGUCAAGGUUAUUCAAAAUUGACCUUAGUCUCCGAAAUUCGAUGACAGAUUUGAAAAUGGAGUGGAAAUUUUUCACCGGGUGUUCGAUAUAUAUAUAACAUACUGACUAGCUUUUAUUACGACGCGGUAAAGUUUGACCGCUUAUAUAAAGAGAGAGAGAGAGAGUGAUUGUGGAAUGGAAUAACAUUUUGUGCAGUUCGCUUCAUGUCGUAACACAGUAUUACAAUUUGAUACACCAAGCGAACCCGUGAUAAACUCAAAAGUUUUAUUUGCAGUCACAUUCGGAAUGUGAUUUUAGUAAUUGUCUACAUAACGAAAAUUAUAUGAUUCACAUGCAAUAUAACACAUAUAUGAUCGGAAAUGUCAUUCAUCUUAUAUUAUCAUAUCUCAUUUCGUCUUUAUCAUAUCAUAUCCUAUCAUAUUGUAUCUUAUGUUCAAACAAAUGCUCAGUAGUGGCAGCCAUAAAAUAUUGGAACAUGUUUCAUCAUAGAAUACAUGUAAUCUAAUUUUUCUAAAGAUCAUCUACGUUAACUUUAUAAUUACUAUUUGAUAAACAAAUAAUAUUCUAGGAACUGAUUGUUUAGCUCAUUUUAAGCAAGUAUUAAAAUCAAUACCUUAUAUUUCAUAAUAAUUCAUAAAACGGAUAAGAUAAUUAAUAGCUAAACCAAAAUAACAGUCCUUAAUGAUCCUGAACAAUACAUGACUAUAUUAUUCUAAUGAUUAUAAAUAUGAUAAUAACUUGUGAUCAAGAUAACCCAAAUUUGGUAUACAUUCCGUGAUAAGCCUGCGCCAAUCUGUUAUAUUUAUAUUUAAUAUCUAAAUGAAAAGUAGACAUUUGCUUGUUUGCUAUGUUGUAGAACUAUAUUAAAUUACGUUCUGUUUACGUUCAUUUUGGUACCAAUACUAUGAGCCGUCAUUUGUUGACUUCCAGUUUUAUUUAAUUGUAUUCACUGGAGAAUAACCUCUGUCGAAAGCUAAAAGUAUAUUUAUAUUAUGUCAUUAUCAUUUGUGUUGUUUGUUUAAAUAAAUGUU